CUUCUGGCCAGCCCCGCGGCGAGUCCCUCGCACGAUCCGCGCACGCAGAGCCGCCCGCCCGCCGCCGGGCAGAGCGGACCCGAGCGCCGAGCCGCGUGCCUCGCUGCCUCCGGGACGCACGGCAUGGACCGCGCCGGGAAGCGGUGGCUGCUGAUGGCGCAGCUGACGUUCGCCUUGGCUGCCUCGCAAGUACAGUCAACCUUCCAAGUCACCACUCCUUACUCACUUUAUGUCUGUCCUGAAGGCCAAAACGUUACAUUGACUUGCAAGAUCAGUGCACCUUUUGUUGACCGGCAUGAUGUCUUUUACAAAUUGUGGUACUUCAGCAGCCAGAAUGAUCACAGUUGUUCUGAGAAAAAGCACAUCCGCAAUGUCACAGAGAGGGAGCUGCAUCGUGACGCAGGGAAACAACGUGGACUUCUCAGUAACAUCACAGCUGAGGAGUCUGUCCAUGGCCAACCAGCAAAGCAUCAUGGUCUAGAGACCUCCUCGGAUCACCAUGGGACAUUCCAUAUCACCAUGGCACACCUUACUCUGCAGGACAGUGGGAGCUACUGCUGUUAUGUCAUAGAGACUAAGAAGGAGCACAACAAGGCACAUAUCCAGCAACAUGCUCAUGGCUUCAUGGAACUUCGUAUACAAAAAGCAAAUGGCACACUUCCCAACUGCACGUUCCAUCCUGUGAGCAGAGAAAAUGAAAACAUCACAGCAGCUGCUUUGGCAACAGGGGCCUGCAUUGUGGGCAUUUUGUGCCUACCCCUGAUCCUGCUCCUUAUUUACAAGCAGAGACAAGCCAUCACUAACAGGCGUGCACAUGAACUUGUUAGAAUGGAUAGUAAUGCCCAAGGCAUCGAGAAUCCCGUCUUUGAUGAUGUUCCUUCUGCUAAUUUGGAAUCCAAGCCCAGGCCUCAGUUAACUUAUAUGGCCAGUCGACAACAGUCAGAGUCAGAUCGGCAUCUGCUUUCAGAACCCAACACUCCACUCUCACCUCCAAGUGCCGGGGAAUGUUUCUUCCCAACGCUGGAGCCUGUUCCUGAUUCACCAAACCUGAUGGAUGUCUAAUAACAUCUCCUAGGUAGAAUGUCUCCACUGAAUCUAUGGACAAGGUUUUGCUUGCUACUUGGUGGGUGGUGGGUGGAGAAAGGCUUUAGUAAGGGUUCCUGUAAAAGAGAGAAAUACCAGCAGGGUGUUGGUGCUUGUCUGGCACUUCAAAUUCACUGCUGUGCUCCUUGUUCUUAGAAAUUCUGUUCAGGAAGAUAAUGAAAUACUGGACCCUUCUAGCAUUCUGCAGGCAUCGUAUUAUACUUCACAGAGAAGGUGAUGAUUUUAUGGACAAUUAUUGCAGCAACAUGUUUCUGUAGUACAUCGGGAUUGUCUACACGGGAUGGGAGGAGAUGUAUGAUUUCUUGAUUGUAUGGGGAGCAACCUCACCACCACCACAAGCCUUAAGGAAAGGCACAGGAACCUAAGAAUUUCCACUCUGCAUUCCUAGUGCCUUCUCAGUUCAAAAGACAGGAUGGAGAAAAAAAUCUUCAAAAGUUUCUUUCAGAAGAAUUUUUUUGUAAAUGUACUACUUCCUUCUUUAUAUAGAUUAUGUUGUAUAUGUAAUUUUAAAGUCUGCACCAUUUUGGUGCUUUGGCACAGCAAGUUGUGUAUUUUACUUGUAGUUCUGUGUUGAAAGAUCAGACAUGAACAUGUCCCACUACCAGGCUGCAAUCCUAACUAACCUUUCUUUUUGUAUCAUAAUAAUUUAAGAAGACAGAUUUAUAUCUGGACUCCAAAUUCUGAGUCAGUCUUUUAAUUUUCUUCUGACUGCUUUGCCAAAUAAUACUUACACAACUAAAAUUGUGAGAAGGAUGGUGUAGCACUGAACUAUAAGUAUGCCUGCAGAUAAAAAUUUAGAUCUAAUGUCAAAUUCAGUUAUUCUAAACAAACUGGGGCUGUUUGCAGAGUGAUUCAGACAUAGACCUGAAUUGUGAUUUUUGGAUUACAUUCUGAAUCAGGAGCUGACCAUUCUGAUUUUUAAAACUGAUCUGAAUCUAGUGUUCUCAUCUAAUCCAUUCUCUAUCAGAAAUUCAGUGCUUGUCUCUCAGAGACAGUGUAUAUAAGGUAAUAAUUUAGCUUAAAAUGUUUUAACAACCUCAGGUUAAUCUGGUUUUACAGUCCAUUUAGCACACAAUGCAAACACUGAUGUAAGGCAAGGUUAUGUGUGACUCUUUGGUCACACCACAUUGACCAUGAGAUUGCAUCAGGCACUUCCAGAGCUUGCUGAGACAAACCAACAAAUGCACUUCAGCAAGACAUUUCCAAGACAGACCUUACAGGAAACAGAAAUGUACACAAAGAAUGUGUAUUUGGCAGGGUGUUUUUAAUGUCCAGCAGCAGAUUAUGCUUAUUUUUAAAACAUGCUGUAGGUGGCACAAUAGACGUAGUCUUUUUGUAAGGUGUAUUACUAACAGACAUCUUCUGCUCCCAGGUCUCCACUGCCUCAUCUAAUCCAGAAUCCAUUUAAAUGAGCAUGCUUGAAGAUAAACUGGUUUAAAUUAAAAGACAUUCAUUGCUUGCAAUAAGCAAGGGAGCAUUGGGAGUUUAUACCAGAGCUGCCAGUUGACCCCUACAUCCCUCUUCUUUCCCUGCUCUUAUUAUGCUAGUUUUGUAAUUAAAAAGUCAGUCUGCCUCUCAAGCUUCAACUUGAAACAUAUAACAGUCACACCAAGAAUGGAGAACAGUAGUGAGAGCAGCUAGUCCUCCUGUGCAAAGCCAGCUAUGCUACUUGCCGCCAGGCCUUGUGGACUAGUCCAAGACUAUUAAGAACAUAGCCAUUACCCUAUUAA